AUGGCAUUAAGUUUAUGUUUAUUAACCGCAACUCAAAAGCAAAUAACUGAGACUAUUGCCGAAUACAAAGAAAACAUCGAAAAACUUCAAGGUCAAUUAAAAGAUAUCACGAUUAAACUUGGCAUGGAAACAAAAGGAUUAAUAGAAUAA